GGUUUUAUCAAAAAAUCAAUAAACCAGCAACAAUUUCCAUAUAACAAAUAGGUCAUAAAACCGGAAAAACACUAUUUACCAUUCAAUUAGUGGUACUUGUUCCAAACUAUCUUCCAUAAUCAGUAACCUAGUAAUUUUUGUAUAUAAACCUAAAGAAAAUCGUUUGAAAUCAUACAUUUUCAGCAGCUCUAACAAAAUGGUUCCUUCAAAUUUCAUCUUAAUUUUGGUGUUAUUCACUUAUGGAUGUAAUUGCCACAUCUUCAACGAUUUUCUAAUACGAGACAACAUCGCAUUGUCAAAAUGUAAGCAAAUUUUAAUUUAUAACUUAUUAGCAUUUUUAUAUCUUUUUUAUUUAUUAGUGUCGCCAUAUCAGACAAAAUGUAAUUCGACAUUACCGGGUGGUGUUCACGAAGAGGGUAUUUGCAAGACAAGAACCGAAUGUUUGCUUACCGGUGGCAUCCCUAGAGGCCAUUGCGGCUUUCUAUCCACCUGUUGCGCCUAUACGAAGAGUUGCGGUCGAACGUCGAACGCAAAAGUGUCAUACUUUAGUAGCGGGUUAAUCUCGAAUGAAGUACGCGAAGGGUUAUGCACGUACAAUGUCGUUGUGGCUAACGAAAAUGUUUGCCAAAUCAGAUUAGACUUUUUGCAAUUUGAAACAACACCACCAUCAUCAUCAACAAAUGGACUUGAUGUGUUUUGUAUUGUUGAUAAUUUUUAUGUUACACCUACUAGCAGAGGAAUGCCACAAAUUUGUGGUCACAAUUCAGGACAACAUGUUUAUGUUGAUGUACCAAAUCACAAGAAAAACAUCGAAUUGAAUAUGAAAAUUGGAUCCAAUUCCAUUCCACGACCUUACUGGAAUAUUAAAAUCACUCAAUUGGAAUGUCCAAGACAAGAAUCACUUUUACAUAAGAUCGAUAAAGAAUUGGUGUACGAUUAUAAUUAUUUGGCGCCUUCUGGUUGCUUACAAUAUUUUACUGAACCCUCUGGAAUAAUAACAAGUUUUGGUUUUAACUAUGAUUCUGUUACAAUGAUAGGAGACCCUUACGUUUCUAAUCAACAUUAUUCUAUAUGUUUUAAGAGAUAUGAGAAUAAGUGCGGAAUUAUCGCAACGAUUGUAUAUGCUCAAUUACGUGCUACUAAUGGCGAGACAAACUGUUCGCCCACAAAUCAUUACUUACAAAUCAGUGGACGUGCAGGAUUUAUAUGUGCAAAUGAUGGUACACCAACAACAGGUCCCAUUGAAAACUUUCCAAUCAUAGCUAGUCCACCAGGACCUAUCCACAUUGAUUUUCAUGCUGAAAGCAAUCAAAAUUCUGUUGGUUUCAACAUCAAUUAUGAGUUAGUAGCAUCAUGUGGAGAUGUUUAUAAAUAGAUUUACAUAAUAUGUAUUUACUGAAAUUAAAAUAUAAUAUAAACUAUAUUUAUAAAGAA